ACUUCUUCUUUGCUUUGAUUAUUUUUGGUGUUGUGCACCUGUGUGUGACAUGUGCGUGUGCACGCCGUCGCUCGCUGCCCGGGUUUGUCUGCAGGCUCGGGAGCGCAUGUUUCUCCGGGAUGCAGAAGAAGAAGUUGUGUAGUUCCUCUCGCGCUCUGCUGUGAGACAGGUGUGCUGCAUCUGCAACGUUGGCUGGGAUCCUCGCAGCAGAGUGCCACGGACUCGCUCGUUUCACGUGGACAAACGUCAGAGAGCACGAUGAGGAGCCUCUGUGACUUUUUAAAUUGCACCUAAGAGAGAGAGAGAGAGACGGGGGUGGGGUGGGGGUCCCUGUUAGUGCCCCGGCACUGCUGCAGGAACACACGCUUUCUUUCUUUAGCUGCUUAAAACGCUGGGAUCGCGCGCGCCAGUGGACACUCGGACACCGCUGUGCCGCUCACCUCCUUACCCCUAACCCGAAAACAGAGCCCGACACGCGGGGAACGAAAUGAAGAAGUUCCGGAAGGUGCUGGACGGCCUGACCACUUCCUCCCCGGGAGCCACUGUGAGUUCUCCGUCGUGCGGCAGCGCGGCCGGGACUCCUACGGCGGCUCCAACUCCGAAGGAGAUCGACGUCCAGGAGACGCUGGUGUCGGAAAACUUCCAGCUGUGUAAGACGGUGCGUCAUGGUUUCCCCUACCAGCCCACCGCUUUGGCCUUUGACCCCGUGCAGAAGAUCCUGGCCAUCGGUUCGAGAUCUGGUGGAGUGCGAAUACUGGGCCGACCUGGGGUGGACUGCUACUGUCAGCAUGAGAGCGGAGCUGCUGUUCUUCAACUGCAGUUUCUCAUCAAUGAGGGGGCGCUGGUCUCAGCCUGUGCAGACGACACGUUGCACUUGUGGAAUCUGCGCCAGAGGCGGCCGGCCAUCCUGCAUUCACUCAAGUUUAACAGAGAGAGGAUCACAUUUUGCCACCUGCCCUUUCAGAGUAAAUGGCUGUAUGUGGGGACGGAGCGCGGGAACACGCACAUCGUCAACAUCGAGUCCUUCAUUUUGUCCGGAUACGUCAUCAUGUGGAACAAGGCCAUCGAACUAUCAACUAAAACUCACCCAGGACCAGUCGUUCAUUUGAGUGACAGCCCAAAGGAUGAAGGAAAGCUGCUUAUAGGGUUUGAGAGCGGGACGAUCGUGCAGUGGGACCUCCGGGGCAAGAAGGCUGACUUCAGGAUCUACUACGAUGAGGCCAUCCACUCUGUCAGCUGGCAUCACGAAGGGAAGCAGUUCAUGUGCAGUCACUCGGACGGCAGCCUGACGCUGUGGAACCUCAGAAACACCACCAAGCCAUUCCAGGUCACCUUCCCUCACGGAAAGAUACAGAAGGAUGGGAGGAAGGAGUCGUGCAAACCUAUUCUCAAAGUGGAAUACAAGACCUGCAGGAACAGUGAGCCUUUUGUUAUCUUCUCUGGGGGUCUUUCAUAUGACAAGGCGGGACGACGGCCAGCACUGACGAUCAUGCACGGCAAGGCCAUCACUGUGCUGGAGAUGGAUUACCCCAUAGUAGAGUUCAUGGUGCUGUGCGAGACUCCUUACAACAACGAGGUCCAGGAGCCUUACGCUGUGGUUGUGCUUUUGGAGAAAGACUUAAUCGUGGUGGAUCUAACACAGAGCAACUACCCUGUCUUUGAGAACCCCUACCCCAUGGACAUCCAUGAAUCGCCAGUGACCUGCACGGCCUAUUUCGCAGACUGUCCACCAGACAUCAUCCCCAUCCUCUACUCCAUAGGAGCGAAACACAAGAAGACUGGCUACAGCCAGAAGGAGUGGCCAAUCAGUGGAGGGACGUGGACAUUAGGCUCCCACACUUAUCCAGAGAUCAUCAUCACGGGGCAUGCUGACGGAUCGAUUAAGUUUUGGGACGCAUCUGCAAUCACGCUGCAGAUGUUGUACAAGAUGAAGACCUCCAAAGUGUUCGAGAAGCCAAAGCCAGGCGAGGGCCGUGCCGCCGAGCUGGUGGAAGAAGACCCGUUUGCUAUUCAGAUGGUCAGCUGGUGCCCUCAGAGUCGCAUCUUCUGCGUGGUCGGCAUCUCAGCUCACAUCAUCCUCUAUCGUUUCAGCAAAUAUGAUGCCAACACUCAGAUAGUGUCUCUAGAGGUGCGUCUGCAGUGUGACUCGGAGGACGUCAUCUCUCCAUCAGAGAAUGAAAACAAUCCCAGCUUCUCAGAGACCGGCUCCCACUCACCCCAACCGCACCAUCACCACCAACACCAACACCCAGCCAGCCCAGGCAGCAGGACACCGGAGGGCAUCAAAGACAGCAUCCCCUGCCUCAAGGUGAAGGACCGGGCGGUUCGGGUUCCUCCUGGCUACCAGUCAGAGUUGGUCAUCCAGCUCCUCUGGGUAGAUGGUGAACCUCCACAGCAGAUCACCAGCCUGGACAUCAACUCAGCCUACGGCCUCCUGGCGUUCGGGAAUUGUAACGGCCUGGCGGUGGUGGACUACUUGCAAAAAACUGUCAUAUUAUGUAUGUCAACACUGGAUCUGUACGGAAGCACCGACCCCUACCAGCGCCUUACCCGUUCCCCCCGCAGGAACAGGCAGUCCACCUCAGAGUUUUGCAUGCGCGGCCUGUCUAACUUUUAUUCAGAUUCAAAGAAAAGGAUCCGUACAUCCUAUCAGAGCCUUACUGAACUCACUGACAACCAGCAGUCGAUUGACAUGGAGAGGAGCAAGUCGCCCACUUCAGUAAAGGGACCCGGCAGAAAGUUAAGUCUGCCAACAGAUCUUAAGACUGAUCUUGAUCAUGUCAAUGGACAUUGCACUAGCCCCACCUCCCAGCCCUGCUCGGCGGGGAAGCCUCGCAUUCCGAUGGGUCCCGAGGGGCCACGGCUUACCCGCAGAGGCCCUGGCCGACCGCCCUUCCGCAAGGCCCAGUCCGCUGCUUGCAUGGAGAUCUCUUUGCCUGUGUCCCACACUGAAGGGCAUGCAUCCAGGAGGGCAAUGCUCCAGCAGUUACACGGAGUCACUAUGUACUCCCACGAUGAGCACCACAGCACCACCUCCUACUGCUGGAGUGACCGAGAGAGUCGUGAAAACUCCUUCACCCGCUCGCGCAGUUCCAGUGUUUCCAGCAUUGACCGCGACACCAAAGAGGCCGUCACCACGCUGCAGUUCGGAGAGUCGUACGGGCGCAAGAACGAUGUCCUGCCCACCCCGUGUCUGUGGGUGGGCACUAGCUUAGGCGUGGUGCUGCUCAUCCCCAUGUCCAUCCCCACUGAUCAGGAGGAAAGGAUGGAAGAGCCUGUCACAAUGGGCGUAAGUGGAGCGCUGCUGAUGCUGAAGGGCUCUGUGUUACGCUUCAGCUUCUUGGACUGCAUGGGAGCUCUCAUUCAGACCCCCUACGAGGUUUGGCGGGACCACAACGCCCCCGAGGACCCCGACCGACCACGGAGGCGCAAGCUGGUCCACUUUUCGCCAUCGUCCUCCCAGGACGCCUGCGGAGACGGACACUUGGCUGUGGUUUGCUCUGAGAGGCAGGCCAAAGUGUUCCUGAUGCCCUCGCAGUCUUGCCUGUUUGUCCACAACAUCACAGAGUCGUCCUUUGUGCUGAGGGCUGACGUGGUGUCAGUGUGUAACAGCGUGUGCCUCGCCUGCUUCUGUGCAAACGGACACGUCAUGACACUCAGUCUGCCCAGCUUAAGACCGCUCAUGGAUGUCAAUUACCUGCCUCUGACAGACAUGCGCAUUGCAAGAACCUUUUACUUCACCAAUGGGGGGCAGGCACUGUAUCUCAGCUCCCCCACAGAGAUCCAGAGAAUUACAUACAGCCAGGAGAUGUGCGAUAACCUGCAGGAAAUGCUGGGAGAGCUGUUUACACCAAUAGAAACACCAGAAGCCCAGAACCGAGGAUUUUUAAAAGGCUUCUUUGGAGGAAAUGCCCACACCUUUGACAGAGAAGAGCUCUUCGGCGAGGCUGCGGCUGGGAAGGCUUCUCGGAGUCUUGCGCAGCACAUCCCUGGACAGGGGGGAGUGGAGGGCAUGAAGGUCGCCGCUAGCGGAGCGGUGGGCGAGCUGGCGAGGGCGCGCAUUGCUCUGGAUGAGAGAGGCCAGAGGCUGGGGGAGCUGGAGGAGCGCACCGCCCUAAUGAUGACUAGUGCAGAAGCCUUCUCCAAGCACGCUCAUGAGCUGAUGCUGAAGUGCAAGGACAAGAAGUGGUACCAGUUCUAAUAGCAGGACGGAGGCCUCGGUCUGCCCUCAUGCUGCUGGGAACGAUAUGCCGCGACGGGACUUUCACUUCAAAAAUGAAAGCAUUCAAAGAGAGGCACAGUGACUUUGUCUUUAUGGCUUCUGGCUUGGCUUCAUGCACACACUGUCACAUCGCUGAGUGAUGAGGACGGGCUAGUUCCCCGUCUAGACCUGCAGCGAGAAGGACGGUGAGGAGAUGGCGGCAUUUGAAGGUCUGAAGAUGGAACUGGAAGUGUGUGUGUGUGUGUGUGGUUUUUCUGGACCUUACUGUGUAGAUACUCAAAAACUAAGAAACCAACAAGAAAUGCAUGAAACAGCAAUGGAUGACUAAAAAUAUACAACUGCCAUAUUAAAAAGCAGCAUGCUACUUUAACAUGAGAGUCAAACAUAAAAAAGAUGUUUUAUUUAUGAUGUAAGCCAACAACACAAAUUAUGAAAAACUUUCUAUUUUUUGAGAUAUUAACAAAAAAUGAUAUAUAAAAAGGGAAAUGUAUACCUGCAUUGCUACUAAGCCAAAAGUUGUGUUACUUUCCCUUUUUUUAAUGUUUCUUUUUCUUUUUACUCCUUAGUCUCAGCUCAUAUUACUUCACACACUAUAUAUAACAAACGCACACAGUUAACUUUGUCUACACACACUUAAAAACCGCUACAACAUUGUUCGUACUCUGGGCUGCACAGUGCAAAUGAAAUAUCAAUCAGUUGUAUUAACACUCAGCUCUCAACAAUCUAGUUCCACUUUUCAGCUGCUGCAACUUACAAACCCGUGAAAUGAACAUGAGGGAAGACGUGGGAGCGUAUUGUGGUCAGUGUGUUUAUAUCUAUAGUACAAACUUAUAUUCACGUGCCAUAAAAGCCAAGGAGGAGCUGAUCCACGGGUUUCCUGUGGCUCACAGCAGAGGAGAUCGGUGACCGUGGCGGGCGUUUCUCAAAUGAAAAUAUGAAGGUGUGUUUUAGUUGUCCCUGAUCUUUUGAGUCUAUCGCUGCCUUCGUCAGACGUUAGGUCACGUGUGCAAGUGUGAGUGAGGCAGAAAGAGAACGAGUGCCACAACCUGGACCCUUCCUCAGCCAGAGCAUCCAACGUCAACGACCCCCUCACAUCUCUCUCCACCUCACUCUGCAGUUUGUGCAUUCUGGUGUGCAACCCGAGCAGUCGUCUUUUCAUAAUGACAGGCAGUACUCGUGGUGAUUGUCACCGUCUUUGUGAUGGGAACAUGAAGAGGAGUUGUUUGUCGCUUUGGGAGAAGUAACAGUUUUUUCCAGUGAUGUUCAGCCGUCGAGUACGUAAAAAAAAAAAAAAUGAAGGCGUUCGUUUGGUUUUGGUUUCUUUUCCUUUCGAUAUCGUUCUUGAUGACUAUGACUAUGAUAUCCUUGUGUCGCAGUCCUAUAUUUGAUGGUUACGGCCUCUUUAACGAAGGCUUUUGUAUUUUAAAAACAACAAAUGUGUCAUGAUACAUGGUCGUCGUGUAUCACAUCGUGAUUGUGUUACGUGUCAGUGGGUAGCCACACGACAGGGACUAACAACAUCGAGUGAGGAGGAUAUUUUGUACUUGUGUAUUUGUCUGUAUUUUGAACUGAAAACUCAAACACGGGAUAACCGGCAUCCGUCUCUCACACACAUGAUGAGCAUCGACACACGGUGUGCUGAUCGUGUCGGCGUCACUCCCACGUGGAACGUGCGCGGCAGCACAUACAUCCAUAACCUGAAAUAAUAAGAGGAACACGUGAAUCUGCAUUGCUAAUCAUCUUUGCCUGCUUCCCGUCAGGCGGCUGAGACAUUCCUGAGGCUUGAGCGGCCUUCACACACUUUAUUUUUACCGACUUCACCUGAAAUCCUACAGCCAAGCUACCUGGAUUUCAGAGAUUACACGACUUGGUUCAACGGGGUGUCUAAAACACAUCAAACUAAUAAUGCCGUUCUCUCUUAUCUCUGUACCGUCAAUGAGAUUUGUGUAAGUGCAGAAAAAACAACACAAAACCAAAAUACACAAAAAAAAAAUUACAAAAAAACUCAGAUUCUGCUGACAGGGUGUUUUGUUAGAAGGUUUUUGGUUUCUAUGUUUUCAGUUUUUAUAUUAACUGUACAGUUCAAUCUUGGGUGAAAGGUGAAACAAAAAAAUGAAAAAUAAAAUAUAUUCUUGGGAUAUUUUCUCGUAUAUGUUGUACCUGUUACUGCUGGUACUGUAUCUGGUAUUCUGGCUCUGUCUAAAUCACAGGAACUAUGUAGUUCUUCACACUGUAGUUUGUUAAAGAGGCAUUCAUUUGGUUUUCUCAAUGAUGGCAGCAAAGUUUGUCUUAUUUAAAUGGAUUCUACCACUUUUUGUUCUUCUUGAUAUUAUACUAGUGUAACAGAAAUUACUUGACAAAAAAUGAUCUGAAAAUAUGUUGAUGCAACAGCAAAUUGAAAUAAACAUUGAUUGAUG